AUGCAAAGGGAGAUCAACUAUCUAAAGAAGAACUUACGCCAUGCACAACGAAGACGAACUCCCACCCCAUCUGAUUCCUCUUUCAACGAUGAGAAGGAUAGCGGUUAUCGACAUAGAUCAAGAACUCCUCCUAGUGAAUCCUUCUCAUAUGAAGAGGAGCACCACUGUGAACGCAAAUGCAAAAGCCCAACUCACAGAGGACUGGGAAAUGAUGCUAUGAGCAAAGCUUUGAACCAGAUUUCCAAGUCGCCCUUCACGCAUAGGAUUGAAAGGGCAACUCUUCCUUGGCUUUUCCAUCAGCCAACAUUCACCAUCUACAAUGGGCGAACGGACCUAGUGGAGCAUGUGAGCCAUUUCAGUCAGAAAAUAGCUGUCUAUUCUAAGGACAAAACCUUGAUGUGUAAGGUGUUCCCAUCCAGUCUGGGACCCAUGGCAAUGAGAUGGUUCGACGGCCUAAAGGCAGAUUCCAUAGGUUCCUUCAAGGAGCUCACUCGGGCAUUUGACUCUCAUUUUAUUACAUGUACCAGGGUCCCUCGACCCUUAGACUCCCUACUAUCAUUGUCCAUGCGAGAAAGGGAGACCCUGAAAGCAUACUCAAACAGGUACUGGGAGACAUAUAAUGAGAUAGAUGGUGACUUUGAUGAUGUCACCAUCUGUACUUUCAAGAGUGGCCUCCUAACUGAGCAUGGUUUAAGGAAGUCCCUAACAGGAAAACCUGUCACUAGCCUAUGCCAACUCAUGGACCGGAUUGACAAGUAUAAAAGGGUUGAGGAAGACCAGCAACUGGGUAAAGGAAAGGCUAUGGUGAUCUCUUAG